AGGAGUUGUCGCUGACGUGAGACAAACUGUAAAAUGACUGUCGCGCCUCUUUUUCCAAGUGAUGACGCUAUGCAGAUCGCAGAGAUGAACUUCGCACUAAAUAUGCUCCGGCAAUCUCCUGUGUCUGAGCAAAUGGUAGUGUCUCCACUUUCGGUCAUUUUUGCUCUUGCUAUGGUCCAGCUAGGGGCAAGAGGACAAACAAAGGCGCAGAUCAAUCGGCUAAUUUCAAACGGCGCCAACGAUGAUGCCAUUGUAAACUUCUACUCGGAUCUUUUGAAAAAUAUCACCAACUUUUCGGAUGGAGUGCAAGCCAAAAUCGCAAAUGGAUUCUUUUUGGACAAGAAGAAGUUUUCGAUCAAAGAUGACUAUGCGAGCACAAUAACCAAAAGAUAUGCGGCGAUUUUGGACAACCGGAAAAAGCAGCUAAGGUUAUUGAUGACUUUGUCAGUACAAGAACAGAAGGAAAGAUCAAAAAUUGCAUAGCCGAAGAUGCAAUAAAUGAUGCAUCUUCUCUUAUUGUGAACGCUGUUUACUUCACAGCCGUUUGGUUGAAGAACUUUAAUCCCCAAUCUACAACAAAAGAUAUUUUUCAUCAUUCCGAGUUAAAGGAAGAAAAGAUAGAGUUCAUGAGGGAAUACAGUGUAUAUCGUUCAUAUGCAGAAAACGAUGAUGUUGAGGUGUUGUCACUGCCCUAUAGAGACACGUCUUAUGCCUUCAAUGUACUUCUGCCUAAAAAGAGAUCUGGUCUGCAGGAGCUUCGAACGAAAAUGAAUGGGUUCAUGAUCCGAAAUCUGCUCUCACAACUAAAAGCUGAGUUUUUGACG